CUGAGCAGCCGCAUGAGGGAUUCUUGUGGAUUAUACAUUAGAAGAGGACGCAUUUUUGGUUUUUCUUUGCACAGGAUUCUAAAACCUCCGGAUAUAAAUUUCUAUUCUCCUUUUUAUUACAUUUCUAUGAUAUCAAUAGUUAUAUUUUUUGCAACCACUUUUCCUAAUUCACGACCAUCCUAUUAUUUUAUAGCCGUGGGAUUUGCAUUUUCUCAUAUUGAGGAUCAUUAUUGAGUUUUUUUCACUUAUCUGUUUUGCCUAUAAGCUCUCAGCUGGCUGUGCAGCCCCGGGCAUGUGGUGCAGCCCCAUAGGCUUCUGUAGGACCUGCUCGUGCUGUUCUGAUUCAUUAGCCCGGGGACCCUGAGCCCCGUAUAAAGGAUAUUUGCUUGCACUUUGGAGGGUCUCUUCCACUAAAAGACUGGCGUAUGUUCCAGACCGCUUUGGCUUGUCGGAUCCCCAGUCCCCCUCUACCCUGUCGGGCUGCUGCUUGUCUCUACCCGGCCUCGGAUCCAGGAUCCUUCAUGAUUUGCGGGAGUCAUGCACGUUUUUUAGCCGGGAAGCCUUGCUCUCGUCCCGCAUGUUCAGGACCAAACGAUCGGUGCUCGUCCGGCGACUCUGGAGGAGUCGAGCUCCCGGGGAGGCUGGGGAAGGGGAAGCCGGGGAAAGGGCGCAUGGAGGCGGCAGCUGCUGCAUGGGAAAGUCGGCCAAGGUCCCCACAUCCAAGACUCAACUGGGAUCUGAGGCUGAACUGAAAGCCCUGAGCCACUCCGUACUGAAGCGGCUGAAGGAGAGGCAGCUGGAGGGGCUGCUGCAGGCGGUGGAAAGCCGAGGGGGAGCCCGCAGCCCCUGCCUGCUACUCCCCGCAGCCAAACUGGACUCCCGGCUGCCCUACUCCGUGCCCCUGCUGCUCUGCAAGGUCUUCAGGUGGCCGGACCUGCGCCACUCUGCCGAGGUGAAGCGACUCAGCUGCUGCGAGUCUUAUGGAAAGAACAACCCGGAGCUCGUCUGCUGCAACCCGCACCACCUCAGCCGGCUCUGUGAGCUAGAGUCUCCCCCACCUCCCUACUCCAGAUAUCCAAUGGAUUUUCUCAAACCAACUGAUUCUCCAGAUUCUGUGCCUUCCUCCACUGAAACAGAGGGAAAUAAUUACCUGGCCCCUGAGGGGCUUUCAGAUUCUCAACUUCUUCAGGAGUCUGGUGACCCGUCCCACUGGUGCGUGGUGGCGUACUGGGAAGAGAAAACACGUGUGGGUCGACUUUACUCUGUUCAGGAACCCUCCCUGGAUAUCUUUUAUGAUCUACCUCAAGGGAAUGGCUUCUGCCUUGGACAGUUAAACUCGGACAACAAAAGUCAGCUUGUGCAGAAAGUCCGUAGCAAAAUCGGAUAUGGCAUCCAGCUGACAAAGGAAGUGGACGGCGUCUGGGUUUAUAACCGCAGCAGUUACCCAAUUUUCAUCAAGUCGGCCACACUGGACAACCCUGACUCCAGGACGUUAUUGGUCCAUAAAGUAUUUCCAGGAUUUUCUAUCAAAGCUUUUGACUAUGAAAAAGCUUAUAGCUUACAAAGGCCCAACGACCACGAGUUUAUGCAACAGCCGUGGACUGGCUUUACCGUACAAAUAAGUUUUGUCAAAGGCUGGGGUCAGUGCUAUACAAGACAGUUUAUCAGCAGUUGCCCGUGCUGGUUGGAGGUGAUAUUUAAUAACCGAUGACAUGGAAUUCAGUGGACUUGUGGACAUUUAACUACUUUGCUGCUAAUAUUUCCUUCUGAGUGCUUGCUUCUUCAUGCAAACUUUAUUUUUUGUUGUUGUUUCAUUUGUUAAUUUUUCUUUGUUGUUUGUUUUGAGAAAUAGCUUAUGUCCAGAAUCUUAGCUUUUGGUUCUUCAGAUUUUCUUCUUGCUGGUGUGAAUGACUGCUCACAGACCAAGUUGGAGGUGGGGGGUUGUGUGGGUAUUGCUUGGGAUAGUAAUGAAAGUGAUAGAUGUUGUACAACCAAUACUUUAUUUGCUGUCAUGUUGGGGUUAGCAGAGGAAUCAGUAUUUUUUUUUAUUUUUUAAAUAAUGGUGUCCGCAGCUUAGUACUUUUGGGUGUCAGAGGGUGGCAUCACAUUGGUAUUCAAUGCGUUGAGGCCCUCUGUGGCAGUCAAAGGGUAUUUUAUUUAUUAAUUAUUUUUUUUAUCUGUGGGAACCAAAAUCAAUGCUUUCUUUCUACACUCUACAAAUCACCUCAUUAACACUUUACUGAAUUACAAUCAUGUACAGUAUUGGAAGACCACAGUGACACCAUAUUGAUGUAUCCUGUGAAACGCACAUUAUUACUUGUGCUGUAAUUUAAGAUAAAUUAGCCCUUUUGAGUGCUGGCCCCAAUGUUGAAUCUACCAAAUAACCUAAUUUGUUUAUUGAUAGCUCUUCAUUUCACUCUAUAUAUCUGACAUCUAGCCUGCAGAAUAUUUGUUUGCAGUGAUCUGUUGACCUUCAUUGCAGUAACGACCAAACUAAAAACAGGCAGCAAGCUCCGCCCCUCACACAAUAACAUGUUCUGGUCUUCAUACCUGGACUUGGGCUGUGUUUUUUAUUUUAUUAUUAUUAUAAUGUAUUUUUAUUUGGGCAGUUCAUCAGGUUUGUUGUUUUAAAUAAACCAAUGCAUGACAUUUGCCUAUUAUAGCCCUAAAGGUUGAAGUAUCAGUAUAUAUUUUUUCUUUUUUUGUGGGGGUUUUGUUUUUUUACAUUUUUCUUUUUGUAGCUACACUUUUACUCCUUCAGCUGCUGUGUGUUAACUUAAGGGGUUUAAAUGGUCAAUGUUUAUUUAUAUUUUUGCAAUUGUGUAUGUACUGUGCAGAGAGUAUUGUAUAGAACAGCAGAAAUGUUAAUGGUUAUCAAACUUUGCCCCUACUGAGGGCCUAUAUUUUCACCGGCAAACAAAGGAAGGGUUAACAUGGGUGAUUUGGAUGUUUUUUAACUAUAAGGAGACAGUGGAAUCUUAGAAUCAUGCCAUCAUCUUAUUCCAGGAAUCCUGAUUAGGUGCUGAUGUUGAGCAUAUCACCCAAGCGAAACAUUCUUUGUGGAAACAGUGGAGUGUUUGGAUAGUUUUAUAGGGCGUUUUUGUGCAGCUCGUCCCAUUCUCCUUAGGGAUGCCAAAAAGCAAAUUCUUAUCCUGCAAGUGCUGCAAAUCAAAUAGCUGGUUUAGGCAAUUUGCAGCAUUUAGCUUUUUGUAUUUUCUAGGAAUCAUAGGGCAAAACUACAGUUUGUACACAAAGCAAGAAGUGUUUUAAUGUAUCUUUUAAACGCAUAAACCUACAAACUAAAAGGCCUAUAUAAUACUCUUAAAAGCACAGUAUAUAGACAGGGGCAAACUCAUAUGACUGAGAUAACAAAACAUACAGUAUUUGAUCCAAAUUUCCUCCUUUAUAAAGGUACAAAAGUAUGCAAAGAUUAAAGGUUUGUUCAUUUCUUCUAGAUAUCGUACAUGGCGUACGAUACUUGACUUGUUGUUUGCUCAGUGAGCGUGUAUAACAUAAGCUAUUUUUCUAAAUACCGAAGUUUAAAUGAACAAGAAUGACACUCUUUGGAACGUAAGCAUUGUAGUGCUUUGGAAAAGAAAAUAAAGACUCUAAACCUGAGAUUUAUUAAAGAAAUUGUAUUUUAUGUUAUAUAAAUAUAUUAUUACUUGUAAAUAUAAAGACGUUUUAUAAGCAUCAUUAUUUAUGUAUUGUGCAAUGUGUAUAAACGAGAAAAAUAAAAAAGAUGCACUUUGCUUAAUAUAAAUGCAAAUAACAAAUGCCAAAUUAAAAAAAAACCAAAAACUAA